AUGUCCAGACGUGUGGCAGUCGUGACCGGAGGUAAUAAAGGCAUCGGUUAUGCGAUCGUCGAAAAUCUUUGCGGACAUCCCUUCGACGGCGACGUUAUCCUCACCUCCAGAGACGAGUCCAGAGGUUUGGCGGCCGUCAAGAGUCUCAAUGAGCGGGGAUUCAAAGCACUGUACCAUCAGUUGGACAUCGAUGACAACACAUCCGUCAACGACUUGAAGAAGUAUCUGUUGGACAACUAUAACGGUUUGGAUGUAUUGGUGAACAACGCGGCCAUUGCCUACAGUAACGCGUCGACCGCUCCGGUGGCCGAACAGGCCGUCAAUACACUGAAGACUAACUUCUUCUCCACUCGUAAUGUGUGUCAGAAGUUGUUCCCAAUAUUGAGAUCACACGCGCGAGUGGUUAACGUCUCCUCAUCUGCCGGAAUGCUUAAGAAUGUCAAAGACAAAACACUUCGCGAGCGCUUCUCUGACCCGAAUCUGUCGGACAAACAAUUACUGGAUUUAGUGAACGAAUAUCUGAAUGAAGUGAAUGCCGGCAAACAUAUAGAGAAGGGUUGGCCGAACACCACAUACCAGGCCUCGAAGGUGUCCCUAACGGCCCUCACUUUCAUACAACAGCGGGAACUCAAUGAAGACAAAACGCGUGAAGAUAUUGUGGUGAAUGCGGUUCACCCGGGAUUUGUCGACACAGACAUGACUAACCAUAAGGGGGUUCUCACUGUAGAGCAGGGGGCGGACGCGCCCUCCUAUUUGGCACUAUUGCCCCCCAAUUGCGAGGAACCGAUCGGUGCUAUGGUUUGGUUGGAUCGACGGAUCGUUGACUGGACUUCCAGUUAAUGGAUUAGAUGUACAGAUGGAACCGAUUGUUAACAUGACAACCAUAUAAUCAGAAGAAAGACAAUUGGAUUUGGAUUUUACGACAAUAACAUAAUUGUUAAUCAAAUUUAAAGUCAAACGAAGAGUUAAUAUUUUUAUAAAUGAAUACUUUAAUAAUCUCUAGACAAAUAUGAUUUAAAUCUAAACAUUUGAAUCAAAUUGUUGUAUUGAAUGAGUGAUAUAUUUAUCCACA